AUGGAAAACUCGCGAAGGGAAUUGAUCAAGAAAAUCGUGAACGCGUGCAAGGAAAACGGCGUGCACGCGACUAAGGAUUUCGCUUCCUUCCUGAUCACUCUGUUCCUAUUGAAUCCCAUUUACGAAAUUAAAACGGACGACGACGAAGACGAGAAACUCGUUCAGGCGAUAACCAAAAGGAUAUGCGAUCAAGACAAACCAAGUUUAACGAUACUGAAGAAUCAAUUGUACUUUGCUAAACACUAUCACGAGAGAGAUGAAACUGUUAAGCGACACAGGCUACGUCUACAUCAGAAGACUGGACCGAUGGUUGCAGAAAUUUGCGUGACCGACAACGUCGCUAACAAACAAGAGUCUGAAAGACUCUAUCAGAAAAUGUUGGUGGUCAUUACAGUUCUAAGUGGUCUCGGGAAUCCUACUGUAUCGUCUGUACUUCGCGAAGUUUCGGUGGCGCUCCAAAGCGUCUUCCAGCCAUCGGAACUGGAAUCGUACGUGAAAAUGUCUAAACGCGAGAAGGAAGAACAGCUGAUGGAACUGAUGUGCAUAGUCGCGGGUAUACGUCUGUUCAACCGAGAUUGCCAACGCGGCGGAGAUGGCAUCGACGAUCUACCAGCAAUUUUGCAAGAAGCCACAAAAAGAACCCACGAUUCCAUCAUGAAUUAUUUGGAGAGUCUUAUGUCAAAGAUUUACAGAUUCACCGCAGCCGUGGAGAAGGCGUAUCAUUACCGAGAAAUAAUACCGUUUGGCGUUUUUAUCACGAGUAAUAUCCAAUGGGCUACAGAGAUGCUGGCAACAUGUCGCCAACAAGAAAUUUACGUCAGGAAAUUGUUGAGCGACGCGGAACGUAGCGAAAAGGAGGUAGAUAAUCUGAUGGAACGUCUCAAAGGGCGUCUCUUUAAGCUUCACGACACCGUAAGAUACAAAACUGCCAUCCCCACUGCUCAAGUAUACCCGCAAUUCAUCGAUCUAGCGGACAUAUGGAUGGGACUCCAGGACGAAGUGAUUAUACUGAGCAGCAUCAAUAAUUUUCUUUGGGAAUUGCAAUAUUUGAGUACCAGGUCUGUCAACUUGGACAACGAAACGAUCUUGGACGACAUGUUGUCCAAGGAUGAAGUUCUCACGGACGCUGAGAGAUUGGAACGAUCUAUGGACACUUUAAUAACCGAAUGCGGCGAGUGUACCCUUUACUAUCCCAACACUACCAAGGACUUCGAGAACAUAAAUCUGGAGUUCCUUGGAUUUUGCGCGUGGACGUUCGUUCUCGGACAAGGAGCGCUGAUCCCGGGAAAUCCAAACAAUGGAGUCGCCAAAUGGAGAGGAAAAUAUUACGUGUUCAGUUCAAGGAUAGCGGCCGAGAAUUUCGGGAAUGAUCCGGACAGAUACGUUUACGAAGCUCUCGAUUUCGUACGCAAUCAUCUGGAAUACGUGUACUUGUUCCAAUUGUACGAAGACGUCAUGGCACUGAAAGCACAAACCGUGGUAUCGGAAGGAGGACCCCAAUUGAAGAUUUGUCAGAAUCAAACAGUUCAAACGGACGUUCAUAUUCUUCCUCAGUUUAUUGACAAAGACUAUUCUUCGAAUAUCUGGGAAUUGAGACGCAGAGCGUUGCAUUUGGCAAGCAUAGGUCGAUGCGUAACGCGCAGCACGCAAACGUACAAGUCGAAUUUCCGAUACGGUGUUUAUGUACAAGCUGCUCCACCCCGAGACAAAGAAGUUCAAACAAGAAGAGAUAAUUACACGAACACAAAGAAGCUUUUGACUUACAUAUAUGGCCUACGAGGACGCCGCGAUGACGAUCAACACGUUUUAUCUUUUCUGGAAGAUGAACUGGAACAUUUGUGAAUUUCCAGAUCUACGUAUUCCAGGACGUGAAGCUUU